UUUCCUAUAAAUAGUGUUAGAGGUUUCAUAACCUUUCAUCACCACAAAAAUAACAAACACAAAUAAUUAAUAAGAUUUUUGUGAAACCAUCUUUGGCCAAUUCAAGAUAUGAAGUCUGCAAUCAUCUUUGCCCUUUUGGGAGUCCUUUGGUGCUUUGCAAGUACAAUAGAUUCUACAAGAAACUAUGUGAAUCUUGAAGAAACGGAGAAAUUUCUAGAAGAACCAAAACCAAGUGGAAACUUAUUUUUUUAUCGAUACAACAAGCAGACUGAUCAGAAACAAGAAGAACCAAAACCAAGUAGAAACUUAUUUUUUUAUCAAUACAACAAGCAGACUGAUCAAAAACAAGAAGAACCAAAACCAAGUGAAAACUUUUUGAAUGGUUACAAGAAACAGAAUGAUCAGAUAAAUGAAGAAUCAAAACCAAGUGGAAACAUUCUUUUCUACACUUACAAGAAGCAGAGUGAUCAGAUAAACGACAAACCAAAACCAAGUGAAAACUUUUUGAAUGGUCACAAGGAACAGACUGAUCAGAUAAAUGAAGAAUCAAAACCAAGUGGAAACAUUCUUUUCUACACUUACAAGAAGCAGAGUGAUCAGAUAAACGACGAACCAAAACCAAGUGAAAACUUUUUGAAUGGUCACAAGGAACAGACUGAUCAGAUAAAUGAAGAAUCAAAACCAAGUGGAAACAUUCUUUUCUACACUUACAAGAAGCAGAGUGAUCAGAUAAACGACGAACCAAAACCAAGUGAAAACUUUUUGAAUGGUCACAAGGAACAGACUGAUCAAAUAAAUGAAGAAUCAAAACCAAGUGGAAACAUUCUUUUCUACACUUACAAGAAGCAGAGUGAUCAGAUAAACGACGAACCAAAACCAAGUGAAAACUUUUGAAUGGUCACAAGGAACAGAUCGAUCGAUAAAUGAAGAAUCAAAACCAAGUGGAAACAUUCUUUUCUACACUUACAAGAAGCGAGUGAUCAGAUAAACGACGAACCAAAACCAAGUGAAAACUUUUUGAAUGGUCACAAGGAACAGACUGAUCAGAUAAAUGAAGAAUCAAAACCAAGUGGAAACAUUCUUUUCUACACUUACAAGAAGCAGAGUGAUCAGAUAAACGACGAACCAAAACCAAGUGAAAACUUUUUGAAUGGUCACAAGGAACAGACUGAUCAGAUAAAUGAAGAAUCAAAACCAAGUGGAAACUUUCUUUUCUACAGUUACAAGAAGCAAAAUGAUGAGAUAAAGGAUGUAUCAAAAUUGAAGGACGAAAAAGCUGAUUCUAGAGUUUCCUCUUUUGGAGUGGUUAAAACAUCCACUAUUAAGGACUCAGGCCAUGCCGAGGCCUAGCUAGUGCUGCAAUCAUGAAAGCUUAUUAGUCAUGUUAAAUUAAUGUUUUAUUUCCAAUCCAAUAAGGCAGUAUAUCUAUGUAUGUCUUACUGCUGAGCUGAAAUAAUAAAAAUAUAUAUCAUAUAUGUUUUCUUUAA